UAAGUAGGUACAUAUAGGCAUAUGGUUAGACAGGAGUAUUGUUGUAAUUUCAUAAGUUAUAUCUAGUAUUUGAAUUGAUGUCGCCGAAUCUCUUUCUAUCUGUGUCAAGGUAAUAACUAGGUCUGAGGUCAUCAACUCAUCAUCCAUCUCGUCGGAAACAUGGCUGCUCUUCGUGCAUUUGGAUCUCUGAAACGAGUAUCUUGUAGCAAAUUAUCGCUAUCUACAGAUGUAUCUAUGAGGUAUUUCUCACUUUCCACAGCAGCAAAUGCACGGACACUAAUAAACUAUGAUGUCAAAGAUGGUGUGGCAGUUGUGCGUAUGAAUAAACCAAAUUCUAAGGUUAAUACACUGACAAGGGAAUUCAAUGCCGAGAUUGAAGCGGUUAUGAAUGAGCUAUGGGCAAAUGAUAAUGUUGGUAGUGUUGUACUUAUCUCUUCCAAGCCAGAAUGUUUCAUAGCUGGGGCUGACAUCAACAUGAUAGAAAGUUGCAAGUCUGCAGAGGAGGUUACAGAAUUAUCCAGGGCUGGCCAGAAUCUACUACAGCUGGUGGAGGACAGUAAGAAGCCUGUGGUGGCAGCCAUCAGUGGUACCUGCUUGGGAGGGGGCUUAGAGGUUGCUAUAAGUUGCCAAUACAGAAUUGCUAUUAAGGAUCCAAAGACAGUACUUUCAGCUCCUGAGGUGAUGCUGGGUUUGCUUCCUGGUGCAGGUGGCACUCAGAGGAUCACACAAAAGGUUGGUCUUACCAGCGGUUUGGACAUGAUGCUAACCGGAAAGAACAUCCCAGCGGAAAAAGCCAAGAAACUAGGAUUAGUCGACCAGCUUGUUUCACCUAUUGGACCUGGGCUGAAGACUGCUGAAGAAAACACCAUGCAAUAUCUUGAGGAAGUUGCUAUCCAAGCUGCCAAAGACCUUGCUGCUGGAAAACUUAAAACAGAUAAACCAAAAUCAAUGAUGCAAAAAAUUACUGAUAGUGUGCUUGGAAUUGGUUUUGUACAAGACCAGGUGUUUAAGAAGGUUCACCAGACAGUGAUGAAGAUGUCUGGAGGCCUCUAUCCAGCUCCUUUGAAGAUCAUUGAUGUGGUGAAGACUGGUGUUCAACAGGGUAGUGAUGCUGGCUACCUUGCAGAAUGUAAAGCAUUUGGUGACCUGGCUAUGACCACACACUCAAAAGCUCUGAUUGGACUCUUUCAUGGUCAGACUGAAUGCAAAAAGAAUAAGUUUGGAAAACCAGCAAAAGAAACCAAAACCCUGGCAAUUCUAGGUGCCGGCCUGAUGGGAGCUGGUAUUGCUCAAGUAACCCUAAAUAAAGGUGUUAACGUUAUAUUAAAAGACAUGAGUUAUGAAGGCCUAGCCAGGGGUAACCAGCAAAUUUAUAAAGGGUUGAACAAAAAUGUGAAGAGAAAAAAGAUCACAAGCUUCGAACGAGACCAGAUGUUUUCAGAUCUUAGUGGACAGUUAGAUUACACAAACUUUGACAAAUGUGACAUGGUUAUAGAAGCAGUCUUUGAAGAUAUCAACAUUAAACAUAAAGUAAUACAAGAAAUUGAGAAGGUUAUACCAGAAACGUGUAUCUUUGCAUCCAAUACUUCUGCCCUUCCUAUUACAGAAAUUGCCAAAGGAAGUAAGAGACCUGAAAAGGUUAUUGGUAUGCAUUAUUUCUCACCUGUGGAAAAGAUGCAACUGUUGGAAAUCAUCACUACAGACAAAACAUCAAAGGACACAGUUGCAGCAGCCGUUGAUAUUGGCCUGAAGCAGGGCAAAGUUAUCAUCACAGUUGGUGAUGGCCCUGGCUUUUAUACCACCAGAAUCCUGGCACCAUUCUCAGCAGAGGCUGUCAGGCUUAUGCAGGAAGGAAUCAGUCCGAAGAAACUUGACCAGUUGACCAAGUCCUAUGGUUUCCCGGUUGGUGCAGCAACUCUAGUUGAUGAAGUCGGAGUUGAUGUUGCCGCUCACGUGGCUGAGGAUCUAGGAAAGGCUUUCGGUGAACGUUUCGGCAAUGCCGAUGUUAACGUGCUGAAAGAUAUGGUUGCUGCUGGAUUUUUAGGACGCAAAAAUGGAAAAGGUUGCUACAUUUAUGAUGGCUCAAAGAACCGUGAAAUCAAUGCUGCGGCCGAGGCCAUCAUGAAGAAAUAUUUGAUAGUGCCAAAAGGAGCCAACUCAGAUGAAGACAUGCAGUUACGUUUGGUAUCACGGUUCGUCAACGAGGCAGUUCUUUGUUUACAAGAGGGCAUUUUGAAAACUCCGGUGGAAGGUGAUAUUGGAGCAGUUUUUGGUCUUGGAUUCCCGCCUUUCCAUGGUGGUCCAUUCCGAUUUGUAGACACCUUUGGAGCUGACAAGCUGGUAGCUAAAAUGAGGGAAUUUGAAGCUCUGUUUGGAGUACCAUUUACGCCAUGCCAACUGUUGCAAGACCAUGCUAAUGACAAAACCAAGAGGUUUCACCCAUCCAAAUGAAACUAUAGAGGGCACUAUAUAUAUUCAGUUCUAACCAAUUAACAGGUGCUAUUGUCUUACAAUAAUACAAUUGCCUGUUUUCUUCUAGGGACCUUUGUUCUUUCAAAAGAAAAUAAAAUCAGUAUAAUUAUUGAAAAAAAAUAUAGAAAUAACAGGAAUUUGACAAAAAUAAACUCAACUUCAUUGAUUUAUAAGUGCCAUAAUAACUUUGGAUCACUUUUAAUGUUCUUCAAGAAUUGAACGUGGGUGGGAAGAUUUCUUGUGUAUUUGCAGAGUUUUUUGUUUUGUAGCAGUCCAAUGCAAUUUGUUUUAAAAAAAGGUUAGUGAAUUGUGUUCUGCAAUAAUAUAGAGAUGUGUAUAUAAACAAGAGAUUUGUAUCAGAUUAGUUGGCAAUGUUUGUGACCUGUGUCAAACAGGAUUCCAUUUCUCAAAUAUCUGAUGUAAAACACAAAACCUUUGAACAACUGUUGGUGGGCGAUUGUUAAUUAUUAUAAAAGUCUGAAUAAAUUUAAAAAUGAAAUACAUAA